AUGGUAUCGUGGACCACGGUUCUGAGUGCUGUGGCAGCGCUUAGCGUGAUGGUACGUGCUACCGAGAGUAGCACCACCGAAACAUACACCAUAUUCCACCGUGUGAUUGACGCGCUUGAUAGCAAGGAUGCUACGCCUUGGUACCCACGUGCCCUGAUUCAUGUGCCCAAGAGCCUGGCACAGGCAGACGACGUCCAGUACGAAGGCAUCACGUCCAAUCUGGAGUUCCCUGCUGACCCGAAAAACAAGCUGUACCAAAUCAAAGCGGUCCCCCGUACGAAGACGGCAGAGGACGAAGAGGCCUCCUUUAUGUCCUACACCAAGCUGUGUCAACUUCGUAUCCCGAACGAUGGCGAGGCGCUGCCAGACGCCAUCAAAGUCUACCUGUCGCACCUGCCUACGGCAUCGUCGCCCGCUCCAUGGGUCACGAACCUGGCGUACGUCGUUGAGCAGGAUGUGCCGAUGGACAAGGAUGCGUGCCCGAUCCUUGCGAAGGACGCGUCGUACUAUCCGACAUCGUUUGCUACCGAGCUGCGUCUACUUGUGCCUGAGGUGGCCCCAAGCCCUGUCAUCACCGAAGACACCGUCACGUCCAACACGCAAGACGCGCCGAAGGACGGCAAGAAGAAACCUGAGAAGCCCAAGAACCUUGUCGAGUUCCUUCGACAGUACUGGAUGUAUUUCCUGCCGCUGAUCGUCUUAUUCAUGAUGCCAGCGUCGGAAGACAUUCCGGAUCGUCCUGCCGGCGCUCCUGCCGGUAGCGCUGGCGUCGCGAAACGCGUCACGCCCGGCCCUGCGGCGGCAGGCUCUGCUGCAAAGAAGAACUAA